UUCUAAGUGUUGAGGUUUACUCUUUGAGGAGACACCUUGCCAUCAGGUCCUGGAUGGACUAAGUGCUUCUGGCUGGAAAGAGAUGCACUGUCUGUUCUUUCCCUCAUCAAGGUUGGCAGUAUCUGAAAGAGGCAGUUCUUGAAACCCACCCUCUGCCCCUCUCUGGAGCAGGGAGUGUGUCACUCACAGGCAGAAGCCAGGCCAGACAAAAGGCUGUUUGUCCAGAACCUCCAUCAGCCCUCCCUCUGCUCAUCCCCUCCAGCUCUAGCUCUGUGUACAUCUGAAAAGAUACAGCUUCUAAGAAAGUGAAAAGGAGCAAAGCAGAAGAAAAAGCACUGCUGCACAGGAAACUUUCCAAAAAUGAAGAUGAUCUCGGUUCUGCUUCUGCUGGGUGUCCUCCUGGGUGCCCACACAGUGCCCCCCCAGCGGCCUUCGUGCUACAAGAGGGUCCUGCAUGACCACAGCUGCCACAGCAUUCCUGAAGGCAUGGCGAGCCUCCGGCGAGUUGAUGAGAGCCUGCAGGAUCACUUUUGGGAAGGGGAAGGCUGUGAGACCAUCUGUUAUUGCAACUUCAAGGAACUGCUCUGCUGUCCAAAGGAGAUUUUCUUUGGACCGAAGAUAUCUUUUGUGAUCCCCUGUAACAGCAAGUGACGAACACCAAGCCUGCCACUGAGGACAGCUGACAUCAUUCAACAAUCACGUAAUACGCUUUCAAGGGAAAAAAAAACAAAGCCAGCAACAGCCAAAACAAAAUAAACCUCCUCUCUAAGCACACUGUAGAGGAAAAUUCCCUUUCUAUUCUUUGUGGAAUAUAUAAGAAGUUCUCCUUUUGGAUACGGUAGCUGCCUUAGUUAGUUCCAUAAGGAUGUGAAAGACUGUACCUGCUCAUAAUUGUCCCAGUAUUCAUCUCAUAGCUAUAUAUACACAUGUAUAUAUACGUGUUUUUUUUAAUAACCACAACAUUCUCAACUAGUUUUCAAUAAAUAAUCAUCAUGGUUAAGCCUACAUGUGGCUAAGAGUGACUUCUGCUGAAAUCCACUGCAGUGCAGCUUCCUAUUGCUUUAUUGCUGCUUCACUGUCAGCAUUGCUUUAAAUCAGUAUUUGGUCAGUGUUUGUUUUUCAGAGCCUCACCCGGGACAUGGUCAGCAUCUGGCACUUCUGCACACAGGCUCCCACUUCUAUUUGGGUGUCUUCAAAAAACAAUACCCGCUAAUUUUCAUUACUCAUAUUUGAAAAUUCCACUGGAAAGAGUACAAAUUCAUAUUAAUAGUACUAAGGUAUGCGUAAGUGAUAAUUAUGUCUAACUUAAUAAUUGCAUCUGAAGUCUUGAAGUUUUUAACAUUAUGCUUCUAAAAUACUAUAGAAGUAGUGAGAGAAAAAACAUAUAUAUUCAGAAAGAUGGGACAGUAACAUGAAACGAGUAGUACAGAGGUAACUGAACUAGUGCACUGCUCACCUAGGGACAUGGUUAGUGGGUAUGGUAGGGACAGGUUGAUGUUUGGAGUCUUUUCCAACCUUGAUGAUUCUAUGAUAAUAACCUUAUAACACCACACUGUGAAAAUUACUGCCACCAGUACACCCAACUUCUUUCAUAUAUUAUAUGAAAUACCACAAAGGCUGUUUUACUUCAUCCAUUAGUAAAUAAUGCUUGGGUCUGCACAGCGGUAGGUUAAUUAUACAUAACCAAUAACAAGAGCAUCAAGUAAAUCUGCAUUUACUAUUUUAGCCAAGUUAUGUUUUGACUAUUGAAACAAAUAGCUUGUAUCACCAGGCUUUUAAAGCCUGGUUCAUAUAAUUAUUCCCGAGUCAUUUGGGCUUCCCAUACAAUAAUCAGUUAAGGAGGAUGAAAGGGGGGGAAUCUGACAACUCACUGUCAAAAUUACCAAAUUCAGUGUUCUGCGAAGAAAACAUAUGGUAUCCACUCUUGUUCAAAGUCCUUUUCUAUAAGCUUCUAGUACCAGUGAGGACAUGUAGUUUCUGUGGGUUGUGCUAUCUAGUUACUCUGCUAAUCAGGUAUUGUAUAUCCAGACCCAUGCAGGAACUUUCAUCCCUGUUCUCCAUCCUGUAAUAAAGAAAAAGCCUCGAUCCUUCAGGUGUUCAAUUCA